AUGGCGUCUUCCGGUGAUCCGCCAAUUCCCUAUGAACAAGUGCCAAGCUACGAUCUGACCGCACUUCCUGAUCCCCCGGAAGAUUAUGUGUUUCUUGGUUCGACACUCAAGCAGUACCGGACCAAAGUAGCUCAGUAUUUCGGUAAGGCAGGGCUGGACAAAAUCGCCAGUUAUAUUCUCUGGGGCUUUUCCUAUGGCAAGGGGACCCGCGUCAACAUGGUGGCUGCGAUAAUCAAGGUCAAUUACUACAUGCGACCUCAAUACCAGAUCAGCACUGAAGACGAGAUGCUUGAUUUUCAGCGAGAUGGCGGCCCUCGGCUCCUUAAGUACACAGUCAGACCGACUCCUCUCCCAGUCAGCCGCCACUGGCCUAAGCUUCUGAGUGAGGCCGAAAUACGGCAGCUGGGGACAAGCUCGUACCAACGUCCGGCAGACGCACCGCCAGAUGUGCCUGAUCAUUACUUGUUUCAGUUUUUGCUCCCAGCCAAUCCUCCUGUAUCUGUGCCCGGUCCAGCGACGACCCUGAGCACAACGGCGCCCUUGGCUCCUUCAGCUCCCACUGCUCCAGGCAGUACGCAAGCUGCUACCCAGUCCCCGCAAAGCCAACAAUCGUCUCAAAGCACAGAUUCGCACGCCUCCUCGCAGAGCUUUGACCCAAGCAUGGUGCGGGAGGCAAUUGAGAAGGCUCUUAUCAAAAUAACUUACAAUAGCCUCGAGAGACAUCCCCGUGCGCCGAGCAAGCAGCCAGUGGCUGAUCGGGUCGCCUCGUCGGUCGAACAUUUAAACAAGGUUCAGGUAGGUGCUCACACGGUCGUUUCCCACGUACGUUUGAACCCACUUACUCAAGACUUUGAUCCAGCGGGCUGUUUCUUCCCGUAUCGGGGUCGUGGGCCUGUAUGGGAUCGAGGAUCAUGCGUCAUCGACUGUGUGAUUGUGCUGGGUAUGCUGACUAUGGCCGGUUGUACUAACGCAGAUCGAGCCGACGGCGCGGAGGAAGCUUUCGACUUGCUUACCAAGGCAUUUAUACAGGCGACCAAUAUGAAUUGGGAUGCCAUCACGUCUGAUGAGUCCAUUCGACUUCGACACUCUUAUUACGACAUGCUUUGUGCUCAUAACCCCUUUAUCAAGAGGGAUAUACCCGUGCCUAUCUGGGUGGCUUGGCAGAAUUCCACGGAAAAGAUUCGCCAGUUUAGAAUGGGCUGGAUCGAUAUUCCCUACGGCGAAUGUGGAAAAUGCAGAUACACGGAGUCCGAUAGCGUCUCAUGGCACAGCGCUGGCGUCACACCAGAGACGAAACCCAGCGAUGAUGAUGGUGUCCAAAUGUCGGAAUACCUGAGUCGCAUCGGUGGCACUCCUACCCGAGUCAUUCCUUGUAAUCGCUGCGGCCACGCCGCCGGACCCCAGCGAGUGUCAUAUCUGACAGAGCUUCCCCUUCGUCUGGCGAUUGAGAUACGAUCAAGCGGCCCAGUCUUGAAUCAUACCAUGGAUCAAGAGCUCGAAUAUUGGGUGUACCCUGGCGUGAAGAAAACCGCAAAAUAUCGAUGGCUUGGAGGGGCAUACUGGACGGAGAACCAUGUCCGUGUGCUUUGGAACGACGACAAGCGAGGGGAGAAACAAACAGGUAAUUUGUGCAAGUAUGAUGGCCAACUGGCCGGGGGAGUCAUUGUAGGUGGCUUAAGCCCUCACUCACCAACCGAGCGAGUCCCGCCAGAGCUAGUGAGUCACGGUAUCCCCAUCGUGAUGUACGAGCUCAUUAUGGAGCCCUCGGAAGACAUACUGACAGCUGCCGCGCAAACAGUCGAUGACAUGUUGAGGCUUUUCGAGCAGAGACAACCUUUUCUCACUUCGCACGCUCCCUGGACUCCAGAACGCCCACCCUCGCCUUCUUUGCCCUUGGCGAGACCGCUCCCUCUUGACGGGGAAAGAUACCGGGAGACACCGGUAGACUUAGUAUCUAGGAUGGUCCCGCAGGUAUCGCCCGCGGAAGAUCUAUGGACAGGGUUAAACCUGAAUCUGCACACUGACCAGGUGAUCGAGGAUGAGCCGAUGCACAUCGAUCCGUCAUCCAACGUCUUUGACACAGCCCUUGCGUCACAUGAGGAGUUUGUAAACACUCUGAUAGGCGAUAACUUGGAUACUUUCCUCGAUGAUCUAGAAAAUUUGUCACAAACACAGGGGCCUCUCGCCGGUGGCGCGAUCAAACUUCUCAAGACUCCGAUGCGGCCACUCAAAAGCUGGCACCAAAACGUUAACAGUACUGGGAUGGAAAAUCCUGGUUCUCGCAAGCACACCAAGACAUUGUAUACGGCUAACAAGAGAAGCAGGCAAGCCUUGGACGACGUGUUAGAGGAAGCCGUCGAACGGGCCAUCAGACGGAAAAUACAGAGAGGAAGAAUCGAAUGA